AUGGCGUCGGGCUCAGCUCCUAGUACUUCGACGAACAACAAUCCAGCCUCUGUCCAUGACUCUACUACCGUCAACACGGAUCCUGUUGAGGCUAGACUAUCUCACCCCAUUCUGAAACAUUUCCUCAUUCCGUUUCACACCAAAGGCAACCCCAAGCUGUGCAAGUUCUGUGGCAAGAAGUUCGAGGGCGGAACAAACCGCUGUGCAAUCCAUCUCGCGACAUGGAAAGGGCAGGAGAAGCGCGCUGUGGCGUUAUGCAAGGACGCGCCCACGGCAGUCCGCGAUGAAUUCCGUGGCAUGUACGAGACCAAGGCGGAACAGCAGGACUUGAAGCGAGGGGCGGCCGCUACUGCAAUUCACUCCGCGCUUGACGCUGUCAGUGGAAACCCGGAGAAAAAGAGCAAAAUUACGGAUUUCUUUGGCAAUGAGGCGACGUGCGCCAAGGAGGACGCGGAUAACGCGCUUUGCCUUCUGUUCGCGGCGCUGAAACUUCCGGAGCGCAUUGCGGACGAUCUGGUCUUCCGCUACGCGGUCCAGUGCAUUGCGCGCGCUGGACCUGGGUACGUCCCUCCUAAGAGGCGCUACAUUGGAGGGGCAGGCUUGAAGAAGGUGCGGCAGAAAAUAGAGGUCGCGUUCGCCCCCGUUGCCGCGAGCUGGAAGCGGGACGGGGUAACGGUGUCGUCGGACAUGAUGACCGACCGUUGUGGCCGCCCGCAGGCCAACGUGCUCCUUGUCAACGACUCCGGCGCAGUUUUCGAGCAGGCGGUGGACUGCAACAUGGAGUCGAAGACCGGGGGGUACAUCGCCAGCCUUCUCCGCCCCGUCAUUGAUAAGGUGGGGCCGAAGAAUGUGGUGGCGGUCUGCACCGAUGGCGGCAGCAACUAUGCAUCGGUCGCCAAGAAGAUUGCGAGCACAUGGCCGCACAUUGAGCAUGUGCCAUGUGCCACGCAUGUCCUGGACCUGAUGAUGGAAGAUAUGGGCAAAAUGGGAUGGGCGAAGGGGCUUGUGGAGAAAGGAGGGGAGAUGAUUAUCUUCGUGCGCAACCACCACUUUACCCGUGCCUAUAUGAAGAAAGUGGGGGGGAAUGGGCUGGCGGCGAUGGUGCUCAGCGACGAGUGGAAGGUGUGGGCAGCGGCGGACAAGGAUAGGAAGACAGCAGCUGAGAAAUUCAGGGUUGCUGUGAUGGAUGAGGAGUGGUGGGGGGUGGCGGAGUUCUUUACCUCUCUCAUGGCGGUGCCAUUCAAGGCCAUGCGGGCCACGGACUCUUCCGCGAAAGGCAUGAUGGGUAAGCUGUAUGACAUCAUGCUACAGCUUACCGAGGACAUCAAUGACAAGCUCGACGCUUCAAGUGACUUCUUGACUCGGACAGAGAGGGCAGACAUCACCAAGAUUGUGAAGGGUAGGUGGGACAACUCCCUUGCCUGCCCCAUGCAUGUGGUUGGCCGGAUCCUGAAUCCGGCCAACCAGGAGGAGGGAAUUUUCAGGAACGAUGUGGAGUGCACGCGGGUGUUCAAGGACUACAUCGAGCGCCACUAUGACAACAAGACCUUCAAGCGUGGCAAGGAUGGCGCCCCUCGCCGCGCCUCCCUUGUGCUGCAGGAGGCAUUGCUGGCCUACAUCAACAUGGAGGGCAGCUUUGGCAAGCCGGGCGCCAUUUCUGCAAGGGAGGCAGUGAAGAAGGGGGAGAUGAGCAUGGUGCAGUGGUGGUCGUGGCACAGCACCGAGUAUCCUGAGUUUGCCGCCCUCGCAUGUCGGGUGCUCACUCAGCCCGUCUCGGCUUCCCCAUGCGAGCGUGGCUGGGCGCAGUGGGAAGGCGUCCACACCGCCCGCCGCAACCGGCUCGGGUCCGCCAAGUGUGCGGACCUCGUCUACAUUGCGCACAACUGGAACGUUGUGCGCAAUUGGUACAAGAAGGAUGGGGGCAGCACGGUUGUGCCCGGUAACAUCCCGGAUGCCCCUAUCCUCCCGGCUAUAACAUGGAUGAGGAGGAGGAUGACAUGCUGGGGGAGGAAGGAGAGGAUGCAGUGCUGGCGGAUGAGUAUGGGGAAGGUGUGGUGGUGGAAAAGCCCCGCAAGGAAAUCGGUUGUGGGGAAGCUAGCUAGAGGGUGGGGUGGGGUGGGGAUGUAUGGGGAGAAGUAG